GGAGCCUCCCUCGGGACAGACCCGUCCCUCAUCAUAACCGUCCUGUGCGGGAGAGGAGGAGCAGCGGUGGGCCAGCAUGGAGGAGAAUGACCUGCUGAAGGAGAGGCUCCAGGCCAUCACUGAGAAACAUCGCAUUCAAGAGGACAUUAGACAGAAGAAACUGGAACUGGACCAAGAGAAACUGAAACUACAGCACCUAAAGAAAAAGGCUCUGAGAGAGCAGUGGCUGCUACAUGACUCGACUUCCCACAAUGCAGCAGACUCCAGGCAGCUGGAGAGCCUAUUGUCUGACCAGCAGCAGGCCAGAGCACUACAGCUCAGCAUCCACAGAAUCGAAAUGGAGGUGGAGUCUCUGGAGAGGAAGGAGUCCAUGAUUUCUACCAAUGAGAACUUCAUUAUCAAAAGACUGAGGGCUGUGGAGAAAAGCUCUGAGGACAUUAUUAAGGAGGUCCAGGACAGCUUUGUUCCUGAACCAUUACAGGUCACCACAGUGGUCCCUGAUGUCCCAGAAUCAUUUUCUCCAACAGCCAGCAAACCUUCAGAACAAGACACUACUAAAAAGACUCUCUUUGCCAUGGAGAUUAAUGUGACUAAAAACAUGUUGACUGGGGAGAGCACUGUACUUUCCACUGCAUCUGUUCCGCCUGAGGAGUUGAACCAACACGCUGGGCUUAAGGUUUAUGAUGACGGCAGGAAGUGUGUUUAUGCCCUCAGUUCACAAGAGGGGUCACAUGAGCAGACCUGUGUUCCUCAGCUGUCAGCCAAUGAGGUCGAACAUUUGUUAAGAAGUGCUACAGUGCAUCGCCAAGUAAAGCACCAAAACUACCACCCAAAUCCCAUCAGAAGGGAGGGACGCAGCUUUCACAAGCACCAGGAUCAGAGAGACAUGGUGCAGGAGCAUGACCUCAGGAAACAGGGAAGAUAUUCUGGGAAUCAUGUCCUCAGGAGCGACAUUGCAGAGAAAGACUUCAUCUGCAGGGAAAUUAGGCCGAGAGAAACAUACGAUGGGCGUCGCUAUAGUCACCAGGAACACCAUUAUUGGAGGCAAGAACACAGAAACCCCCAAAACAACCUGAGGGAACGUCAUCACCUUGGAAACCAAAAAGACCUUGGUUAUCACUAUGGUAACCAGAAACAUUGUCACCAUGGUUCGUACCAAGUGAUUAAUUUUCACAGUGCUGAGGAAGAAGAACGUGCUAGGCACCACAGAAAUGGGGUCACCAGAAGCAGCAGCAGCCGGUUGUUAAGUGGAACCAGACCCAAUGGCUUUCCUCCUUCUAGAUCACAUGACCAGGGAAUAGUGGCAGGCUAUCAGCCACAGCUCUGCUACACUCCGGCGAAUUAUAUUCCUCUCAGUGAUUACAUCAGUGUUGACGAGGAAGAACUUAAUCACUACAGCUCACCAUACUACCAGUCACACAACCAAUCCACAGCUCAUAGUGGCCCCGCCCACAAACACAGAGUGCCCUCCCCCCUCUAUGGAGAUGACACACCUUAUACCAUCCUCAACAGCUUGGACAACACGGAGCCAAUCACAGCCAUCUUCAUGGGCUUCCAGACGGCUCAGGAUGACAGCGGGCAGAUGCAGGAGCUUGAGGGCUCCCUCAAGGCCGAGCUGGUCAUCAUUGAAGACCCUGAAGAUCACUGUGAAGACAGCAGCACAAAGGAGAAGAGCCACAGCAGCUUAACCAAUGGAAAUGUGGGACACAAAGAGGGAGUUGGAGACAGACGGCCAGAGAAAUGGAUAGGAACAGGUUCAGAAGAGGAAUGAAACAGGUGGAUCAGUAUCUAGGUCCUGCUGUGGUCUCUGAUUUCGGCUGCCUCCAUCUAGCAAGGUUUCUAUGUUUGUCAUGUGUUGUCUGCUGUUUCCUCAUGCAGAGCUCUGGUCGUAUGACGCACAAGUGAACAACAGGUGAGUCUCUGGUUGAGGCUGAGUGUCAUGGGACAUGGGACAUAGACUCCAGGCUGUUACACUCUUCUUUAAUGUUGUCGGACAUCGCAGUCUUUGCAUCUUCCUGAUGACUCACUUACAAGAACUCUUGUAGAAUCUUUCUGCCUCUAAUGUGGAUGUUCCACCUCUCCACCCUGAUCAUCUCUUUAGCUGUUUUGGCAGAACAAUGAGGAUCACUGUCUGGUUGAGUGACUUUCCAUGCAUUUGUCUGAAGGAGAGGACAUAGAAUACUCCUGAAAACCUCUCCAGUCACCCAGCAUCCAAAAUGAGGCCGAGACUGGACACUUGGAAGAAGAAUCCAUCAGUUUAUUCUUUCUCUGCUGCGAUUAAUAAACGCAAACACAUGUGUAUUUUACAUCUUAUUAACCAUGUUUCCCCUCUGCAGUACAAAUUACAAGCUAUACAAACUACCACUCAGUACCUUAACCAGUCCAUGUUAGAUCUACACAAUUCAUACAAUGAAUGAAAUGUAGGAAAAGGUGUGACCAUCUUCUGAAAAUGAAUAUUUGUUCUGGUCAUCAGAUGUUCUAAUACCAUAGCGUAAGACAUCUCCUGACAUCAGUGAUGAUGAUAAAUUAAAAGGAAUUACAUGUUUGGCUUAGCCACACUCAGUCCUUAAAUGUGGAAGUUGUGGGCUGACUACCAGGCUACUUUUGACUUGGAACAGACAGAACACCAGCCGCACCUAUGACGUGUAUCCCAGCUGAAGAUUUACAGUACGUGCCAAGUUAUAGACACUGGACAUGCAAAAGGUGUAAUAAAAAAGGUUCUGUUUCUUC